AUGGAGCUUGCACAAUUUAGUUUUGCACAGUUACACCCGCACCAUUUUCUUCUCUUUCUUGUGCUUGCAUUGUGCCUUGUCCUAGUCUCCUCCGCCACAAAUGAAACCAACAAAAUUGCACUCCUCACAUUUAAGGCCGCAGUCAAAGACCCUUAUAGGGUGCUUGACUCAUGGAACGACACCAUUGGAUUUUGCCAUUGGUACGGUGUUACAUGCGGCUUGAGACACCAGAGGGUCAUAGUCCUGGACUUGCACUCGCUAGGACUCCCGAGGUCCAUCUCUCCUCAUAUUGGAAACCUAAGCUUCUUGAGAGAAAUUUAUCUCCAAAAUAAUAGUCUUGUUCGAGAAAUCCCUCCACAAGUCGGGCAGUUGCACCGCCUACGUUGGCUACGGCUAGACAACAAUUCACUGGCCAAAGAAAUUCCCAGAAAUGUGUCAGGUUGCUCAAAACUCAUAGUCCUUAGCAUUGCAUACAACCAACUAACUGGAGUAAUUCCUACAGAACUCGGUUCAUUAUCAAAGCUACGAAUGUUGUCCCUUAUUAAAAAUGCACUAUCUGGGAAUGUGCCUUCCUCCUUUGGAAACUUGUCCUCCCUACAGUUUCUUCUACUCGGGAAAAAUAACUUGGGCGGGAGCAUUCCCAAAGUUCUAGGCCUCCUGACAAAUUUAUAUACAAUCUAUUUCCUAGGAAACAAAUUAUCCGGCCCAAUUCCAUCCUCAUUGCUCAAUAUCUCUUCUUUACAUAAUUUUGAGGUUACAGAUAACCAGAUGCAGGGGAGUCUUCCUGUAGACUUAGGCUUGACGCUCCCAAAUCUUCAAUAUUUUGGCAUUGCCAUGAACCAAUUUGAGGGACCGAUUCCUCCCUCAGUGUCCAAUUGGACGAAGCUAGAGGCUAUGCAAUCAGGGAUGAAUAAGCUUUUAGGGAAAGUGCCUUCUUUCGGAAAUAUGCCUAAGCUUUGGCUUUUUUCCUUCAAUGAUAACGAGCUAGGAAGUGGAAAUUCUGAAGACUUGAGCUUCGUAUGCUCACUGACAAACUCUAGUAGAUUAAAGAUCUUCCAAAUUAACCAGAACAGACUCGGUGGGGCAUUACCCGAAUGCAUAGGUAAUUUCUCGAGCACUCUCACGUUUUUUAGUGUGGACAAGAACCUAAUGUUUGGUGAGAUUCCUAGAGAAAUUGGAAAUCUAGUCAACCUGAAUGUGUUAACUAUGGAUCUCAACCACUUUUCAAGCGAGGUCCCAUCAGAUAUCGGGAAUUUACGAAAUCUAGUUGUAUUGGGGUUAGGCGCUAACAACCUGAGAGGGACGAUCCCCACUUCUUUAGGAAAUCUAACCAAGUUGAUCAAACUAAGUCUUGGUCAAAAUAACUUUCAUGGGCAAAUUCCUUCACAUCUAUCACAAUGUCAAUCUCUCCAGUGGCUUUAUCUUUCUUACAAUAAUCUCAGCGGUACCAUACCCCCAAGGCUCAUAGGUCUCUCAUCCAUAACAAUCAAUCUGGCCUUGUCUCACAACCACCUGAGCGGGGUUCUACCCACAGAAGUGGGGAACUUGAGAACUCUAACCGCGUUGGACAUCUCUAACAAUAUGUUGGGAGGCGAAAUCCCAAAUAGUUUAGGGGAUUGCACUGGAUUGACAUCAUUGAGGAUGGGGGGAAACUUCUUCCACGGGUCCAUUCCUCAAUCGAUCAAAUCAUUAGGAGGCAUUGAAGAACUAGAUCUUUCACACAACAAUUUAUCGGGUCAGAUUCUAGAAUUCUUGGCGUUAUUUCAUUCUUUAAAACUUUUGAAUUUGUCUUACAAUAGCUUUGAAGGCACGCUACCGCGUGUAGGAGUUUUUGAGAAUGCUACCAUGACUUCCAUUAUUGGGAACAAUGCACUUUGCGGGGGAUUGCCAGCAUUUCACCUCCCCAAAUGCAUCUCCAAAAGCUCCAAGAAAAGGAAAAUCCAUAUAUUGGUAUUAUCGGCUUGUGUUAUUUGUGGCAUUCUUGGAAUAGCUCUUACUCUAGUUUUUUUGUUUCUUUGUUGGUUGAAAAAGAAAGUAAAAGAACCUAUUUCAACUUCCAUGGAGGAUUCAUGGCCAAAUAUAUCUUAUCGAGCACUCCUAAAAGCAACCGAUGGUUUUUCUUCAAUGAAUUUGAUUGGUGUUGGAAGCUUUGGUUCUGUUUACAAGGGGAUACUUGAGGAGAAUGGUACAACAGUUGCAGUGAAGGUGAUUCAUUUAGUGCAUCGUGGUGCUCAAAAGAGCUUCCUAGCAGAGUGCUAGGCAUUAAAGAACAUCAGACAUCGAAAUCUUCUAAAGAUAUUGACAGUUUGCUGUGUUGAUUAUCAGCAAAAUGAUUUUAAGGCCUUAAUUUAUGAGUAUAUGGAAAAAGGAAGCCUAGAAAGGUGGCUACACCCAAACCCAACACCAUCUCCAUGGAAUGAGCCUACCUCGAAAUUGAAUUUCUUUCAAAGGAUAAAUGUUGCUAUUGGUGUUGCUUCCGCAUUGGAUUAUCUUCAUUACCAAUGCCACAUCCCCAUCAUUCAUUGUGAUCUAAAGCCAAGCAAUAUCCUCUUAGAUGCUGACAUGGUUGCUCAUGUUGGUGACUUUGGAUUGGCAAAGCUCCUCCUCGGAUCAUCGAGUGAUACCGUGGCUAAUCAGAUGAGCUCAAUGGGCAUAAGAGGAACAAUUGGUUAUGCUCCACCAGAAUAUGCAAUGGGAUGUGAGGUUUCGAGAGAAGGCGACGUCUAUAGUUACGGCAUCCUCUUAUUGGAGAUGUUCACAAGUUUGAGUCCCACCAAUGACAUAUUUAAAGAUGAUUUGACUCUUCAUAGUUUUGUGGCUGAAGCUUUGCCUGGACAAGUGCUGGAAAUUACGGAUCACAUUCUACUUCAAGAAAGAGAGAAUCAUUUAAGUCCUAGCAAUCCUCCGCAUUGGCUCUCCGAAAGCAAUGGCGUAUUUCCAGAGUGCUUGGUUACAAUAUACAAUAUUGGAGUCGCUUGCUCCGAUGAAGUGCCUGGAAGACGGAUGAGCAUCAGCGGAGCUGCAAAUCAGCUGCAAAAGAUUAGGGAGAAACUCUUCGCAGGGGGUUUAUGCAGAAAAAAAUGA